UGUGCUCUUAGGAAAGGUCAAUAUCCCCAGAGUCAGGCUCUCCCCAGCCCAGCCCAGCCCAGCCCAGCCCAGUCCUUGGAACAUCUACUCUCUGAAGUACUGACAACACAAGUACUGAAAGAGGGAAAUAUGAAAACUCUACUCACCAUGCAGUCCCUGCCUCUGCUCCUCCUGCUGCUGCAGCCACUUCCACUGCAGGUUCUAAUGAGACGAAGAUUUCCUGAUAUGCCAGAUGAUGAGGGGACAGAAGAAUUUGAAGAGUUUGUUGAUGAGUUAUUUAGCACAGGGCCUACCAAACCACCUACCAAAAAAAUUUUCCAAAACCAUGUCAUAAUUCCUACUAUAUUGCCAUUUUAUACUACUGAAUAUCACUGUAGUUGGGAUUUGAAGAUCAGACAUGUUCACGACAGGUUUUCCUGCAGGAAAGAACAUUUUUUCCUCCUAGUAUCAUAUGAGGAGUUACAAAAGACCUGUAGCACCAAGUUUGUGGAAUGUAGGAAUGGAGUUAGGAGAUGUCACAAGACCGAGAGAAUAAUAGAAGGAGUGCACUGUAAGUUGACAAGUGGAAUUAAGAUGCCAGAAUGUACUUAUGAAGGUUUUCCCAAGACGGGAUAUGCCCUUAUCACUUGCCGAUGGCAAGAUGAUAUUGGAGAAAUUAUUCCUGAGCAUGUAAAUGAUAUUUUGGAAAUACCUGGCAAGCACUAAAAUGUCAGUCAUUAGGAAGAUAUAUUCCUCCCACCAUUCUAGAAGAGCAUUCUUUAUAAAAUGGGAGGAUAUGCCCUUCUCCAUGCUGAUUCUUAUAGGUCAAAGUUGAGAAUGGUAAUUUCGAUCCAUUCAUUGUAAUCACCCACCUCCCUCUCUUCUUCCCCUAACACCACAGGCAGGCAACGUGAGCUAGGUUCAAAGACAGUACUCGGAGAUGUGACUUCAAAUAGGUCAUGUAACUGAGCACAUUGUGAGUGUAUUAUGAGGAUGAAUGCCUGUAGUGGAAGGAUGACCACCACCAAGAGGAACAGAAAAUGGUUGCCUGAAGUGUGUGUUCCCAAGUUGUGUUCAUGUGAAUCUCUAGUUCAGGAAAAAUAAUAAAGUG